AUGAAGUCCUCAUUCGUCACCUUGGCCGUCGCCGUCGGCUUCGCUGCCGCACAGCUCCCCCAGCUCGAUAAGAUCCCCAAAUGCGCCUACUCCUGCGUCUCGUCCUACAUCUCCGGAACAAACAUUGCCGGCUGCAAGCCCGCCGACAUUGCCUGCGUCUGCAAGAACAAGGACUUUAUCGGCGGCAUUUCCUGCUGCCUCCAGAAGGACUGUGGCAAGGAUGAUAUCGCAGCUACCAUUAGCUUCGCUAAUCAGAUUUGCGCUGCCAGCGGUGUCGACACUCCCAAGCAGCUUGUUUGCAGCACCGGCUCGGGCGCCUCUGGAUCUACCGCAACCAAGACCGACAACUCUAGCACCGGUACUGGCGCUGGUGCCACUGCUACCGAGCAGACUACGAAUGCACCCACUGGCAGUGGAACUGCCGCCACGACUGCUGCUUCCUCGACCAAGACUGGCGGUGCGGCUCCUGCCUAUGGCAAUGCGGGUGGUAUUCUUGGUGCUGCGUUGGCCAUUGCUGCUGCUCUCUAA